ACUUCAUCUCCAUCUCAUAGCCACCACAUACCCUCUUCUCUUCAUUCAUUCAACAAUCAACAAUAUUUAUAAUUUUAUAUCACUAUAAUUGCCACACAAAACUCUUUUGUAUAAGACAUUUUAGCCUAAAAUCCUCACACCCCCUUCUUCCCAUAUCCUUAUCUUUUUUCUUCUUUUUCUCCUCAAUCAAAGAAAAAACAAGAAAGCUUGAAAAAAAGAUCCAAUAUUAGAUCUUAGUACUAAAUUUAUUUACCCUUUUAAACAUUUUUUUUAGUGAUGGACAAGAUGAGAGUCAAAGAAGAAUUGAAGCAAAACAAUCAAGAAAGCCAAAAGGCAAAGCAAAUACAACAACAACAACAACCACCACCGCCCGCCGCCGCCGCCGGCAGUGCAGCUACAGCUUCACCACCUUCAGCUUCAUCAUCUCCAUCACAUGAAUUUUCUUUCACAAUUUCCUUUAAUCAAAAUAUUUCCACAAAAACCCCUGAAAAUAAUAAAACAAAGCAAAAUACCCCACCAUCUUCUUUUGCUAUAGAUUUAACUCCAGCUGAUGAUAUUUUUUUUCAUGGCCAUUUACUUCCUCUUCAUCUUUUAUCCCAUCUCCCAGUUUCUCCUCGCUCUUCUACAAAUUCUAUUGAUAGUUCACUUCCUAUAAAAGAAUUAUUAGAAGAAAAAAAAAUCCAAAAUUCCAAAAACCAAAAAGAAUUAAAUCGAGAUGAUGAUAAUUCUUAUUAUGAUCUAAACCAUAGUUUUCAUCAUCCUCAUCAAACAAAUUCUUUUACUACAUCAAAAGAUCAAAAACCAAAAUCCAAAUCUUUUUCUUUAUUUGGAUUACCGAAAAAGAAAAAAGAGGAAAAAGAAGACAAGGAAAAACAAAGGAAGCUAAAAUUUGAUGUGAGUCAAGUCUUGAAAAGGUAUAUGAGAAUGGUGAGACCUUUUUUAUCAUUUAGAAGUAGAAAAAAUAUGCAAUUCAAUAGACAAAGUUAUUCUUAUUCUGGUAAUUUAAGUUUUAGAAGUGGGGAAAAUAAGGAAAUUAGAGGAAUAAAAAGAGGUGCAUAUUCAGCUCCAGUAUCUAUGAAAAAUUCUCCUACAAAUAGUGGUUUACUUGUAGCAACACCAGGUGCUAAUUAUCAUAAUUCAUCUUCAAGUGAUAGUACUAUGGAAGAAUUACAAUCUGCAAUUCAAGCUGCUAUUGCUCAUUGCAAGAAAUCUAGUUCACUUGAACAGAAAAUCAAAUGUCAAGAAAAUGAUUAGGUUAUUCAAGUUUACUGGCUCGACUAAUACAGAUUCGCGUCCUCUGGUUAUAAUUCGACCAUACCCCAUGUGGUUUUUUUAUUAUUGCUUCUUUCUUGCAUACAUAAAUUUUGUUCAUGUAUCAUAAUCAUGAAAUAUAUUUGUAAGUAAAGUAUUGUAUUACAUGAGUUUAAAAUAUGAACUAUUUAUUCAUGGUGAA